AACACCGUCAGCUCAAGUCGUUGAGGUGGGGUCUCUCUUUCCUGCUGUAGCCAUACAUUUACUCAAAUUGACAACAAUCACAGCUGAGCUCUGAAUCAACAAACUGCACAUCAAAGAGUUGCGCAGUAAACGCGCAAACGUUGGCGAUCGUAAAGUUGCAGAAAGUUUGAAGGAAGUCUGCUCGUUAGGACAUUCUUCGGGGGAUUUCAGAAGGGGUUUACUAAGAUUAGUCUCUUUGUGCUUUUUCACGUGAAAGAGCCUUUAAAAGGCGUCGUUUUGCUGGAGACAGUGGUGUGCUACACACGAGAAGGACUUGUCUUUUUGUGCAAACGUUUACUUUGUGUAUUUCAACAUGGCAGCGUACACAUUGCCGGAGGGAUUCACGGAGUUUGAUAUGUUUACAUUCGGCUCAGCGCUUCUUGUUGGGGGAAUGCUUGGAUUCUUCCUCAAUGCCAUCAGCAUCGUGUCUUUCCUCAGGGUGAAGGAGAUGCAGACUCCCAGCAACUUCUUUGUCUUUAAUCUUGCUGUGGCUGACAUCCUUUUGAAUAUUAAUGGACUGACGGCUGCAUAUGCGAGCUACCUCAGAUAUUGGCCAUUCGGUCAAAAUGGAUGUGCCUAUCACGGUUUUCAGGGCAUGAUAGCGGUCCUGGCGUCUAUCAGUUUCAUGGCUGCCCUCGCUUGGGACCGAUAUCACCAGUACUGCACCAGACAGAAGCUCUUCUGGAGCACUACGGUGACGAUGACCAGCAUCAUCUGGAUUCUUUCCAUCUUCUGGGCUGCUGUUCCUCUCAUGGGAUGGGGCGUCUAUGACUUUGAGCCUAUGAGGACUUGCUGCACGCUGGACUACACCAGAGGGGACAGGGACUAUAUGACCUACAUGCUGACUCUAGUGUUGCUCUACCUGAUGUUCCCAGCUUACACCAUGCUGUCAUGUUACGACGCCAUCUACAAGCAUUUCAAAAAGGUCCAUCACCACAGGUUUAACACCAAUGUGCCCUUGAGGGUAAUGCUGAUGUGCUGGGGCCCCUACGUCCUCAUGUGUAUCUACGCCUGCUUCGAGAACGUGAAGGUCAUAUCGCCCAAGCUAAGAAUGGUGCUUCCGGUUCUUGCAAAGACAAAUCCCAUCUUCAACGCUCUCCUCUACUCGUUUGGAAAUGAGUUCUACCGAGGCGGCGUGUGGAACUUCCUCACCGGACAGAAGAUUGUUGAUCCGGUUAUUAAGAAGUCAAAAUAAAAGGAAACUCAAUAUUUUCUGGCAAAAAUCCCAAACCAUCAUUUGCUUUUAUGGGAAGGUUCUGGUUGUAAACAUCAAUGAGUCAUUUAGAUGUCUGUACAGUUGUUAUAUUUUCACAUCAGCUGAAACUCUCUACAUUUUUAACCUCAUGCUGGAUUUGUGCAAAUCUACAAAAUGUGUUUCAUGUAAUUUAUUCACUUUCAAAUUACUACAUUCUUUCUACAGCAAUGUGUCUUUAACCUGCUCCACCACUUACAAUAAACACAUUGUGUUGCUGCUCUUUUACUGUAAGCUCCAUCUACUUUAAAGUGUUUUGUUUAUUUUACCUGAAUAGCUGAGCUGCUAUAAGUAGGAGGCCUAAUUUCUAUAAU